AUGGAGCAGGGCGGCCGCCGCCGAGCCUUCGGCACCAUCUGCCCCAACACGGUCCAGGGCCCGCCCGUCCGCCUAGCCAAGAAGACGGCCCGGCCCGGCGGGGACACGGCGUGGACGCCCCCCGCUGCCCAAAGUCCCCGAGCUCUCCUGCCCCGACCUCGCCGCAGCGGCCCCUCGCCGGCUCCCGCCGCGCCCGCCCUCGUGCUCAGCACCAUCAACUGGCAGGAUUUGACAGCCUCUGCCCCCAUCCUUCCCACCACCCCAGCUGGCCCCGUGACCCUGCAGCAGGGUCCCUGCUUCCAGGAUGGGCCAGAGUUUGAUUUCCAGGAGUUCAGAGAUACUGUCGGUGAUUUUAUACCUGAUGUAUCCACCUUAAUGCCACCAUCGCUGGACUGUACUGAUUUUGAUUUCUCACUUGGUGAGGAGGUGGCUUUUGGCCCCUGCACCCCACAGCUGCAGAGUAGCAUGCUGGUGCAGGUGCUCCCACAGCCCCUGUCUUCCCCCGAGCCGUGCUGGAGGGACCUGGCAGACCAGCACCAGCAAGCAUUGGGAGAUGCCCUGGAGGCAAACAGCCAGCUGCAGGAGACCCUUACACAGAGGCAGGAAGAGCUGGUGACGCUGCGGGAGAGCAACGUGCAGCUGAAGGAGCUGGCAAGUCAGGCCAGGCAGCUGGCCGCUGUUCUUGACACGCUGAUGCUCCCGCAAAGCGCCGACGGGACAGCCCUCCCUCCUCCUCCUCUUCUUCAUCCUUUGCCUCCUCCUCCCGCCGCCGCCGCCACCGCCGCCGCUGCCCCGGCAGGGAGCGGCCGGGAAGAUGCGGAGGGCGUGGAUGCCAUGCUGCGGGUCGUGUCGGAGAAGUGCCGCGCCGCCCUGCGAAGCCUGGGGGGCAAGGCGGGGGACAGGUCGGGGGGCAGCCCCGGGGGCAGCCCGGGAGGCAGCCCCACGGCCAAGCGCCCGCGGCCGGGCCCGCGUCUGCACGGCGCCUUCCGCGGGCUGCGCACCGGUCGCGCCGCCCCGCGGCCGGUCGGCGGGGAGCUGGAGGGGGGCGGCAGCCUCCGGGCGGCGCUGGGGGAGGCGGGCGCCAUCCGCACCCUGGCCUUCCCGCAGGGAAACGCCUUCACUCUCCGCACCGCCGCCGGCGGGCAUCGCUUCCGAUGGGUGCCGCGCUGAGACCCCCGCGGCCCCGGGCUCCCGUGUCCCGGGCGGGGCGGAGCGGGGCCUCUGCAGCGUGAGUAUGGCAGCGCACCCCACCCGACGGCACGCUCCCAUUUUCUCUUGGAAAAGGGGCAUUCGC